UCUAUGCAAAUGACACAACGCCCUGUGCAGGAGCAGGAAUGAUUUAAUUUUUGGGAAAUAAGACAAGUAAACAAAAAAUGUUGAAAAUGCAAGGAUUUGAAGUUGAUAUACAAUUUUCUAAUUCAAAAAUGUGUUCAAUUAUUUGAGCAUAUUUUUAAAGAGAUAUCUAUAAUGGGUUAAAUAAAUUAAAAUGGAGAAAUCCUGGAAAUACAUAACUAUUUCAGUAUCAGCUUUUAUAUGCUAUUGCAAUACUUUAUGGGGCUCAUUUCUUUUUGAUGAUACCGAAGCAAUAGUGAAAAACAGGGAUGUCUUACCAUCUACCUCAAUUGGAGAAAUAUUUAAAAAUGACUUUUGGGGUACGGAUAUAUCGCUCAACAGUAGUCAUAAGUCUUAUCGUCCCCUAACAAUAUUAUCUUAUAGAUUGAAUGUGAUUUAUUCUAACAAUAUAUUGGAUUCAUUCCAAUUUCAUGCAACAAAUGUAAUUUUAUAUGGACUCUUGUGUCUUUUGACUAUACCAGUUUUUGAAUUGUUUCUGAAGAAAAGGAAACAUGAAUACAUAAAUGAAAUUGCUUUCAUGUCUAGUCUCCUAUUCACAGUACAUCCUGUGCAUACAGAAUCAGUAGCUGCUAUCGUUGGAAGGGCUGAUAUUCUGGGGUCUAUUCUUUUUUUGGUAACUCUCUUGCUAUAUCAUGGAUGUUUACAGAAAAAUUCGGUGUUGUUAUUGUUUAUGGCGAUAUUCACUACUAUAGCAGCUGUACUUUGUAAGGAAAAUGCAAUAAUGGCUUUGGUCAUGUGUAUGGCAUAUGAUAUUUUUCAACAAAAGAAGAAAAAAAGAUCUUGGGAAAACAUGUUAAAUUUAUAUUUCAUUUCAAGGAAUCUCAUUUUGGUAUUCUCUGGAUCACUUAUUUUGUACUACAGACUGAAAAUUAUGAAUUUUGAAGGCCCAAUAUUUACAAGUAUUGAUAAUCCAGCUGCUUUUUCUGAAACAUUUUUUGUGAAGGUUUUUACUUACAGUUAUAUUUAUAUUCUGAAUUUGCUCAUCCUAAUUUGGCCAAAUUGGUUAUGUUUUGAUUGGUCAAUGGGUUGUAUACCCCUUAUUGAAAAUUUUUGUGAUAUUAGAAUUGUUGUUGUUUGUUUAUUUUGGAUUUUAUCGAUAGCAGCAGUAUACAAAAGUCUCAAAAAGAUUUACAUAACAGGUUUAAUAGAUGGUUCUGUUAUGGGUAUUUGUUUGAUGGUUUUACCAUUUAUACCUGCAUCAAAUUUAUUUUUCGUCGUUGGUUUUGUUAUUGCUGAACGUACUCUGUUACUUCCCAGUGCAGGGUUCUGUUUCCUUGUGGUAAUUGGUUUUUACAAAUUGGGUAAAAAAUUGAACAAAAAAAAGAUCCGCAAAACAAAUUUUUAUAUUUUAUGUAUCAUAUUUGCGUGUCGUACAAUAAUGAGAAAUUUCGAAUGGUUGAAAGAAGAAACGUUAUUCUCGUCUGCACUGGAAGUGUGUCCUUUGAACGCAAAAGUUCACUACAAUAUAGCCAAGGUGGCAGCCGAUCAAGAUCUCAAAGAAUUAGCUUUCGUCGAGUACAGAAAGGCAUUGGAAUUGAAUCCCAACUAUGAACAAGCAAUGAAUAAUCUAGCCAAUCUCCUCAGAGAAGAAAAGAAAUAUGUAGAAGCUGAAAAUUUGCUCAGGAAAUCUCUGGAUGUUAGGCCAAAUUUUGCUGCAGCUUGGAUGAACUUGGGUAUAGUUUUAACGAAUUUGAAUAACAGUAAAGAAGCGGAAUAUUGCUAUAAAACUGCCAUAAAAUAUAGAAGCAGAUACCCCGAUUGCUACUACAAUCUUGGGAAUUUAUAUCUGGACCAAAAACGUAAUGAAGAGGCAUUGAAGGCUUGGGAAAUGGCAGUUUUUUACCGCCCCACCCAUGUCGCAGCGUGGAGUAACACUCUAGUCUUAUUGGAUAGCAUGAAGCGCUAUCAGGAAGCUCUAGAUUUGGCAAAAACAGCUCUGAGUUAUAAUCCUCUAUCACCAGCUCUACAUUUCAGUAUUGCCAAUACCUUGGGAAAAGUACAAGAGUUUGACAGAGCCGAAGCACAUUUUUUGGAGGCUAUCAAUUUGAACUCAAACAAUGCACUAUAUGUUUCAAAUUUAGGCGUUUUAUAUCACCGUUGGGGUAAAUUGGACAAGGCGAGAAGUAUGUAUCAAAGAGCCCUAAAAAUAGAUCCGAACAUGAAAACCACACAACUGAACUUGAGAAAGCUGAACAGGAGAUGAAAGGAAAAAUUUUGGGCGAACAAAAUAAAAAUGUGCAAUAUCCUUUGUAUUUAUUGUGGUACUCGACAAAAUAAAAUAUUCAUUGACAA